AUGGCGAAGAAACAUUUUUUUGGACUGUUUGCUGAAUCUGGUAAAAUUUUGUCUGGCCAUAAUUGUGCGAAGGAAUUCGAUGAACAAACCAUUGGGAAAGUUCGAAACAUUAAUGACAAACUCACCGAAAUUGAGGUUAAGCUUAGUGGUGAACUAGAAAAAUGCACUGAUAUAUUCAGACAGUCGCAACCACCAAACAGAAAAAACAAGAAAGGUCAGAAAAGCAAAACAGAAGAAUAGCGAAAAAGCACAAAGCUAUGAGAGAGAGCGAAAAUGUGGAAAAAGUCCGUCAACUCAUUUCAAAUACAGCUACUUUAGAAGUAAUUGAUAGCCAAAUGUUGAAGCCCUGGCGAGUGUAUCUGCCUGUCAAAUAAAAUAUCUGAAAAUAAUCUAUCAGAAAGGCCUGAUAACUAAUGAAGCUGUUUCCAGUAUUCAGGAGUAUGUUAAACAUUUCCCAGAGGAGGAGGGCAACAAUGAAGUUGUCGAAGAAGACGAAAAUGACAAGGAUGAUGAUGUUGAUUAUUUUUCUGAUGAAAACUAUUAUGCUGAUGAUAGCUGUGAUGUUAGCAGUGAUGAUGAGUAA